UUUAAUUCUGGAUUUUGUAUCAAGUGGACGUGCCUACUUUAGUAUUAAAAAAAAAAAUUUUAAUUCAUUUAACACUCGAGCUUUUAGUCCGAGUAACAUCGAGGGACAACAAACGUGUUGAAAGAUAAAAUAUAAAUAUUUUUAAAAAAUAAGCAAACAUGCUGAGGGUGAUAGUGAAUUACAUUUUCCUCGGCCUUCUUUUGCAAACUUUUAUCGUUUCUGCAAAGUUACCCGACUGGGUGCCUGCAGAAGUAAUUGACAUGGCACAAGGAGAGAAGGGUAGAUGUAUGUCUGAGCAUGGAACAACAGAAGAUAUGAUUAAUAUGGUUAACGAAGGUAAUAUUCCUAAUGAUCCUAAGCUAACUUGCUACAUGUUUUGUCUGUUUGAGUCCUUCAGUAUAAUUGAUGAAGACGGUGUACUAGAAUAUGGAAUGCUUACUGAAAUGUUUCCAGAUGAUAUAAAAGCUAAAGCAGAAACUGUUCUUUCAGGUUGUGCUGAGCAACCUGGAGCUGAUAACUGCGAAAAAGUAUACAAAAUAGCUACAUGUGUCCAGAGCAAAUCUCCUGACAUGUGGUUUAUGAUUUAAAUAAAUAUAUUACAAUACUAGUAAUGAUAAGAAAGGACGAGAAUGCCGACGAGUGAUCGAAGAGGACGCGAAAAAAAAUAAUUUUAAAUUUUCACCGAAAUAAAAUUAUCAAGAAAACAGAAAUAUAUUAAAAAUAUAUAACUUUAAUUACAGUGUAGUAAAGAAAUAAAAAUUAAUUAGAUUUUUAAAAAUUUCCAACGAAUGUUUUAAGCAAAGGACUUACGAAAUGUAUAAAUUUAUACAUAUACAUAUAUAUGUACACAUGUGUGUUAAUGUAAAAAAAAUAAGUGACAAACUCAAUAUACAAUAAAAUUUUCAAAAUAUCAAUGCA